AUGGCUAUGUACGUAGUUAAACAUAAGAACGGACACAAGAAUAGCUGGAGAAUGGAUAUGUACGUAGUUAAACAUAAGAACGGACCUUACUUGAUCCCCGGCACCCGCGCGUCGCCACGGAAACCCCGCGGCGGGGACGGUGGCGCCACCUACCUGAGACUCGACGCCGGCACGGCGGGAGCGAUCUUCGGCAGACUGAGCGAGGUCGCGGAGACGGUCGAAGCUGUCUCAGUAUCUGCUGCUGUCUCAACUUUGCCAUCCUCAUUGGUUGUCUCAGCCUCCUCUGUAGCUGCCUCAGAAUCUGCUGUGACUGUCUCAUCGUCUGCAGCUGCCUCAACCUCUCUCUCAUCUGUCUCUACACCUUCCACAGCCGUCUCAGUCUCAACGUUCCCUUCAGCCGUGUCUCCGUUUGCAUAUUUUGUGGUUGUCUCAGUUGUCUCGUCAUAUAUCGCAGCCAUCUCCAUAACAACUGCUGCUGUCUCAGCUUUGCCACCGUCUGCUGCUGUCUCAGCUUUGUCACCGUCUGGUGCUGUCUCAGCUUUGUCACCGUCUGGUGCUGUCUCAGCUUUGUCACCAUCUGGUACUGUCUCAACUGUGCCAUUAUCUGCAGCUACUUCAGCUGACUCCGCAACUAUCUCAUCUCCCAAGUUCUUCCCGGCUGUCUCAACUGUCUCAGCUCCCAAGUUCUUCCCGGCUGUCUCAACUGUCUCAUCUCCCAGGUUCUUCCCAGAUGUCUCAACUGUCUCAGCUCCCAAGUUCUUCCCAGCUGUCUCAACUGUCUCAUCCUCAUCUCCCCAGUUCUUCCAGGCUGUCUCAACUGUCUCAUCUCCCAAGUUCUUCCCAGCUGUCUCAACUGUCUCAGCUCCCAAGUUCUUCCCGGCUGUCUCAACUGUCUCAGCUCCCAAGUUCUUCCCAUCUGGCUCAACUGUCUCAGCUCCCAAGUUCUUCCCAGCUGUCUCAACUGUCUCAUCCUCAUCUCCCCAGUUCUUCCCGGCUGUCUCAACUGUCUCAGCUCCCAAGUUCUUCCCGGCUGCCUCAACUGUCUCAGCUCCCAAGUUCUUCCCAGCUGUCUCAACUGUCUCAGCUCCCAAGUUCUUCCCAGCUCCUCCGUCGUCAUGGCGACGGGCAGAUCGGGCGCGGGCGCAGGCGUCGCCGUGGUGA